AGCUGUUAAAUAAAUAAUUUGAUUUGAUAACAAUUUUCGAGCCGCCUGUAAAAAAACUUCUGAAAAUUGAUUUUAAAAGCUGAAAUAAAAUCUAAUUAAAAUUUAUUAUAAUGGCGAGCAAUAAAAUAAUUUCUCGAUCAGUAUUAAAUACGUUAAAUCGCUUUCAGAGGUUGACAAACUUGCGCACCUACUCCAGUCAAAAGGAGACAUUUGCUCCUGCUUUAGCCAAACGUAAUGAACUCUUCUCGCAAGAGCAACGUCGUCAACAAGAAGCCGUUGGUAGAGUUGAAAAAAUUGAAGUUCGCUAUUUGGGACUGCCGGAAGAUGUAACAUUGGCUAUGAAUGCCUCAAUAUCUACGCCAUACAAUUGUGCACAACAUUUGAGUGACGGGCAUUGUAAACGCUCUGCAUUGGCUUUAAAGGAUGGCAAUGUGCCUUGGGAUAUGCAUCGUCCACUGACUGAAUCUUGCACUCUGCAGCUAUUAAAUUUCACCGUUAGCGAUCCACAUCUAGUAAAUAAAGCUUUUUGGCGUACAUGCAGUUUUAUGUUGGGUGCGGCUUUGCAAAACAGUUUUACCGAUGAUGCUCAUUUGCAAUUACACAGUUUUCCUGGUCCAAACAUCAAAUCAGGCAGCUUUGUUUACGAUGUAGUGCUGCGCGCACAGAACUGGCAGCCAAGUAAAGCUGAGCUACGCGCACUAUCCGCCGAGAUGAUUAACUUGGCAAGCAAAGAUCUAAAAAUCGAACGUUUGGAUGUAAACAACGAAUUGGCAUUGGAAAUGUUUGCGGAUUCGCAUUAUAAACGUGAACAAUUGCCCAGCAUUGCCCAGCAGAAUCAAGGUCGCGUUACGCUAUAUCGUAUGGGCACACAUAUAGAUAUAUCACGUGGUCCAAUGGUAGCCUCAUCACGUUUCCUUGGUAAAUGUACUGUAGCAACAGCACAUAAGAUUGCAAAUGAAGGCGAAAAAGAUGCUUUGUAUCGUAUACAGGGUGUUGGUCUGCCAGCCGGUUUUACAUUGGAUCAUGUGGCGUACAGCACAUUGGAAGAACGCGCUAAGAAAUUGAAUCCUGCACGAUUGCCCAAUGAACCAUUUGAGGAAACACAGCAGCAGAUAGCCUGAACAUAAGAAAUUAUGUUUAGUUAGAAACGUUUUGUUUUGUUUUAAUUUUAAUAAACGCCUUUAAACCAUUA